AUGUUCAAUCCUAAACCAAUAGAGAAUCUUUGUGAUUAUUAAUGCUUCUUAAAUCAUUGUAUGCCGAUAUGUGCUGUAAAUAUGCAACCUGGUCUGACUUCAAAUUAAAGAUUUGUUUGUAACAAUUGCAUAGAAAUUACUCAUCUACCUGUUAGUCCAUUAAAAGAUGUGAUCUAAACUAUAGAAAAACCAAUUAAAUAGAAAUUAAACUCAUAUGAAUAAAUCAUAGCCCCUCAUCUAGAGUUACUUAAAUAAUUAUAUGGUAAUAUCUCUUUAAUGGAAUCAAUUAUAUUAUAAUAGCUAGAUUAAAUGACUACCAUAGUCAACAAUUGGAUUACUAAUAUUAAGGAAAGAGGAGAAUAAAUUGCUCGAUAUCACUUCUUCGAUUAAUUAGAUCUUAUAAUAACUAAAUAACAGCCAAAAAAUUAAUUAGAAAAGAAAUAAUGUUAUUUUGAUUUGAUAACUCUUAACACAACUUAAGUUAAAUAAUUAAAUUAAUAUUUGGAUCCAUUCAAAUAUUUUCAAGGAUAUAGUAAAUUUCAAUUAUUAUUGAAAUAAAUUGUAGUAAGCUUAGAUCAACAUGAUAUAAACGAUGGUUUGGCUUUUUCAGAAAAAUAAAUAUUAUAGUCAAUAUCAAAGCAAAAAUAAAUACCAUUAGAAUAAGAAUUAUCAGGAUAAUAGUAUAAAUAACAUCCCUUAUUAAAAGAAUGUAGUGUGAAUAGCUCAUUUUCAUAUGAAAUUAUCCCAAAACUGACAUUUGAAUAAGGAGAACUAUGUCAAGCUUUGGCUAUUAAUUAUAAUAGUACUCUUAUUGCAAUAGCUUCAGAAUGUAACAUUAAUAUCUUAAAAAUUAAUUAAUCUUUAAAUUAAAUAAAGAGACCACAAUAAUUACAAAAUUUAUAAAGGAUUCACAAAAAUCAUGUUACAAUUCUAAAUUUCUUUAAAAAAGAAUCAUUGAUGUUGAAUUCGCUUGUCUCAGGCUCUUUAGACUCUACCAUAAUAAUUUGGACUCCUGAUCAAUAAUAAAUUAAUUGGAAUGCUUUAUUUAAAUUAAGAGAUCAUUCUUAUGCUAUUAAUUGUUUAUUAAUAAGUUAAUCUUCAGGAGAUCUUAUGGUGAGUGGAUCUGCUGACAAAACUAUUAAAUUUUGGUCUUUGACUCUUUAAAAUUCUUGGACUUGUUCAUAAACAAUCAAAGAACAUACUUCAUAUGUUUAUGGAUUAUCUAUUAAUGAUGAAGGAAAUAAAUUGUUAUCUUGUGGAAAUGAUAAUUAUAUUUUAAUCAUUCAUAAAUCCUAUUAAUAAUAAUGGUAAGUAAAAUAAAAGAUUAAUAAUGAUGGUAUUAGUAUAUCAUUCAUAACAGAUGAAAUUUUCGUUUGUUAAUCUAUUGAAGGAACAUUGUUAACAUUUUAUAUUAUGGAUUAAACAAAUGGAGAAUACAUAAAAUAAAAUUCAUUUUAGAUUUAAACAGGAGGAAAAGGAAAUUCACUUUAUUUUCCUUUACACUAUAAUAAAUCUAAAAAUAUACUUUUAUCAAAAAAUGGGCACAAUGUGAAUUUAAUUAGUUUAGCUACUAAUUCUCCUUCAGAUUGCUAAAUUAUUUUAGAAUAGGCCAUAUUUUUUGUUUAAAAUAUGAUUUUUGGUACUAUGAGAGAUGAUGGAAAUCUUUUGAUAACAUGGGAUUCGAAAUCAUCUGAGAUUUAAUUUAGAAAAUAUAAGGAGAAAUUAUGA